AUGGAGAAGACACUGCUGUUGGUGCUCAUUCUUUCAGGGCUGUCUGUUCUGUCUACAAAGUUCGUCAGAGAGUACCACUAUGUACAGAAGUUAAAGACCUGGACUGAAGCUCAGACUUACUGCAGAGAGAGGUUCCAUGACCUUGCCACUGUGACAAAUCAUGAGGAGAACCAAAGGCUGCUGCGUGUUUUAAAGGGCAACGGAAAAUCUGCAUGGAUAGGGCUUUAUGAUGGCCUGAGAGUUUGGAAGUGGUAUCUGGGAAAUGUAAAAUUGAACAAUGACUUAUUUAGUAACUGGGCAAAAAACCAGCCUGACAAUGACCACAGAAAGAACUGCUGUGUGAUGACAAAAGAAGGGUUUUGGUACAACACUGAGUGUGAUCGUUCUCGUCCUUCAGUCUGCUACUAUGAACAAGGUCCCUCCAAGUACAUCUUAGUGCAAACUAAGAAGACUCAACACAAAGCCAGGAAAUUCUGUAGGGCCAACUACACACAACUUGCGAGUGUGAGGAGCCAGUCUGAGAAAGAAAACAUCUCCUCACUGCUGUCAGAAAACACCUGGAUCGGUCUCUACAGAAGGAUGUGGGAGUCCUGGUCUGACCAGACUACCAGAACUUUUGGUUACUGGAACAAGGGCCAGCCUGACAGCACUGCCGGCAAUAUGACAGCGUGUGGCGCAGUCAGCAUAGCCACAGGAAAGUGGUUUGAUGUUCACUGUAAGACUAAACGCCAUUUUAUCUGUCAAACUGGGUCAGAGCACAAAACAGCAUUGAAGUUAAAGUUCCAGUCUAAGGCCGACCUGAGUGAUCCUGCUCUUCAGCAGCAGAUUUUAGAGCAGCUGCAUGCUAAACUGGAGAAGCAUGGAAUACCAGACUUUAAACUCCGCUGGAGAGAGACGGAUGGGCAAACCUUUCACAAGGAACAAAAGGAGAAGAAAGACAAAGGCUGAGACGUCAUUGUGCAGAGGACAUCAUACGGGAGUGUGUCUAUGUUCCCCUCUUUGUAUGAGACUGGGGACCAUAGGACCCUUUUCCCCCCGCUUUUCCCAAAAAGGAUCCUAUGUUCCCGGUCUGUUACUUUUUCCACCAUUACUGCCAAAUUCCAUGGCAAAUAGGCCUAACCCUAACCCUAACCCUAUUUAAAAAGGCCCAAAAAUGAACUGCAAAGUAACCAGAAAGUAGCUGCUGUGCAAAUGUAAGUUUUGGGCUGCUUGAGCUAAGGUGGGCCAUGUGACGGUAGGCCUGCUGGUAAAGAUUGAUAGAUUGCUUGGUAUGUAUUGCUACAGGGGAACAAAGGACCCUUUUUGGGAAAAAACGGGGAACAUAAGUCCCGAGGAACAUAGGGAUGACCCCCAUAAUACUCUUUAAUUGCUACUGUGUUUAAGUUAUAGUUUCAGUUUCAGUGCAUAUUACAAAAAGGCUUUUGUGUGCUGUGCUUGGUUGUAUAUUGUGUUGCUACAGUAUCUCAGAUAUCAUAUCUCAGAUAUCAUAUCCGUGUUGUGUGAGUCCAUUGCAAAUGAACUGAAUGUUGAUUCCCUGUCUCUCUUUUUUGCAUGCAUCCUGUUCAAAAAUGUUAAAAAUACAUAUUUCAGCUUUUGACUUCAGAGCAUGUAGCAAGGUUUGAAAUGAGUUUGAAAAAUAUCAACAUGUUUUUGUUUAUGCCAUAUUUAAAUGUUUUAUGAGUGCCUGCAGAGUCCUUUGAAAUUUAAAAACUUUUGAUGCUUGAUGCUUAGCGAUCUUUUUCUAACUUUAAAAGACUCUAUGUGAUCCUGUCAUUGAGUACAUCAUAGUUAACAGUUAAUAGUUGUUAUUCUUAGCAAUUAAUUCCUUCAAAUGUGUUUUCUUUUGUAACAAUGGCCUAUGGAUUGUGUGCGAUACUUUAUUAAAUAUGGAAUGUUAAACAGGA